GCAGGAAGCCGUAAACCGGAUCUUCUUCCCUGUCUCUUAUCAACUGCAAACCCAUCUUACAAAGACGACAUGGCUGGACUGACUUUGGCGUCGACGGUGAAACUUUCUUCAGGCUUCAAGCUUCCUUUGCUUGGGUUUGGAGUUUUUCAGAAUGGAGGGGCCACAUGUGUCAGCUCGACUCUGGAGGCGUUGAAAGCUGGGUACCGACAUAUUGACUCAGCCGUAUAUUACGCGAAUGAACGUGAGGUUGGCGAAGCCAUUCGACUCUCCGGUAUCAAUCGGGAGGAGAUUUUCGUCACUACGAAGAUCCCAACCAAUCAACAAGGCUAUGAAAGCGCUUUGAAGCUCGUAGACCGAUCCUUGGAGAAUUUCGGCUUCACCUACAUCGAUCUAUAUCUAAUCCAUGCUCCUCUACCUGGGAGUGAAAAGCGCAUUGCUACGUACAAGGCCUUACUUGACGCCCAGAAAGCCGGAAAAAUACGUUCCGUGGGUGUCUCGAAUUAUGGUGUACACCAUCUUGAAGAGAUCCAGAAGGAAGGCCUGCCGGCCCCCACGGUGAAUCAGAUUGAGGUCCACCCCUUUUGCCAGCAGAAGCCCAUCGUCGAGUACUGCAAUGAACGCGGAAUAGUUGUCGAAGCUUACAGUCCUCUCGUACGCGGCAGAGCCUCCGAUCCUACUGUACUCCGUAUCGCCAGCGAAGUCGAUCGAAGCCCUUUCCAAGUAUACCUUCGCUGGUCCCUGCAACGCGGAUUCGUCCCGUUACCCAAAUCUGCGACGCCAUCACGCAUCAAAUCCAACGCAGAGGUAUACGAUUUCGAACUCAGCCAGGCUCAAGUGUCCGCGUUGGACGCUCUCGAUCAAGGAUCCAAAGGAGCAUUAUUGUGGAAUCCCGUUGAUGCUCCUUGAUCGUAUGAUGUUCCUGCUAGUCACGUUUCUUGCGAUCUGUAUAAGUUCUCGGGCUCGUUUCUAAGUUCGGAGGUUUGCGUUGAUUCUGUGAGGCUCCAGAUCUUGACCGGCUUCGCUGCCUCGUGUUCCAUGCGUAAUAGAAUGAUCAAUGAUCAAUGCCAGAUUUUCAGUUUUAAGUUGCCAAA